AUGAAACACUUUCUCGAAGUAUAUAAUUCCUCAACACAUUCUACAACAGGACAUACACCAAAUUCAAUGACACAACAACAAGAAGAAAAGUAUAUACAAAAGAAACGAAGUCAAACACAAAAUAUCAGAAAUUCAACACAAUUUACCCUCAUUCCUGGUACAAAAGUUCGUGUAGUUCUUGACGACAAACCGUUGACAAAGAAACGUUUAAGGUUAAGUAGAAAUUAUUAUAUCGUAGACUCUACGCAAGGUAAUGGAUAUCUUAUAAAAGCUGCCGACGACUCUAUUGUGUUUUAUCCUCGUCAUCAAUUAGUUGAAAGUAGUAAUGGCAAACUUGCUGAAACCAUUGACGAAGCAAAGCGAGGAGUGGUUAUUGAAAUACUUGGCUACAACAUAAACGAUGACACUUAUAAAGUAAGAUAUGAAGGAGGCGUUGAAGAUGUUAUACCAUCUAAGAACUUGAGAGAGUCAAAGCCAACACAUCUGGGACCAUUAGAGCGGGAGUACUGGAAAGACAAAAAUAAGCCAGAAAGAAUAAGAAAAUUCUUCUAA